UGUAAAUCAACACUUUAAGACAAUAAUCAAUAUCACAUAAGUAUACAUUAGACCUGCCAAAUAAAAUAAUAUCACCAUAAUAUCGUCUAAAUCAAAAUUUUAUAUUUCUCCAAAAGCAAUUCCAACUAUAUUGUGUGUUACUUAUAAAUCAGUAAGAGACUACCUACAAUUAGAAAAAAGCUUCGCCAAAGCAUGGACCAUAUACUCACUUCUUCCUCUUCAUUAUUCCUACUAUUAACUCUCCUCUUCACAAUCUUCCUAUCAUCACUCUACUUCACAUUCAACCAUUUUAUUUCCUCUACAAAACAAACAUUAGGCUUCAAAAACUACCCAUUCUUAGGCACUCUCCCUGAAUUCAUAGCCAACCGCCACCGGUUCCUCGACUGGACUUUUGACGUUCUCGUUCCCCUCCCUAAUCACACGUCCAUAUUUAUCCGACCCGGAAAAAUUAAUGGGAUCAUGACCGCAUACCCGCCAAAUAUCGAACACUUCCUCAAAAUCCGGUUCGAUAACUACCAUAAAGGUCCCCGUUUCGUCUCUCUCCUCCACGACCUCCUCGGCACCGGAAUCUUUAACUCCGACGGUCAUUUAUGGCGGAUCCAACGGAAAACCGCUAGUUUGGAGUUUAACACAAGAUCUCUUAAAAACUUUGUAUUGGAUAGUGUACGGUUUGAGAUUACUACACGGCUUAUACCCAUUUUGAAAGCAGCAUCCGGUUCGGGUCCGGAUACGGGUCUGGGUCCGGGUAGGGUACUUGAUAUGCAAGAUAUUCUUGAACGGUUUUCUUUUGAUAGUGUAUGUAAGUUGGCGUUUGAUUAUGACCCGGGUUGCUUGGCAGGUGAUGGGUCGGGUGAGUCCGAAUUCAUGCGGGCUUUUGAUGUGGCUGCCACACUUAGUGCGGGUCGGUUUCUUUAUGUGGUUCCAUGGUCAUGGAUAAUUAAGAAAUGGUUAAAUGUUGGAUCCGAAAAAAGGUUAAGAGAUUCAAUCGAGACCGUUCAUAAGUUUGCUGAUAAGAUCAUACGAACAAGAUUAGAGGAAAUUACUAGUAAUAAUAAUAAUAAUAAUUUAUCUUCUAAUCAUCAAGAUUUGUUGUCACGGUUUAUUUCUACGGAAGAAAUUAGUGCACGUGAUCCUAAUCUACUUAGAGAUAUUGUCAUAAGUUUUCUAUUAGCGGGGAGGGAUUCCACAUCAUCCGGGUUAAGUUGGUUUUUUUGGUUGUUAUCUAAUAAUCCACGUGUUGUGAAAAAAAUCCGAAACGAAGUGGAUGAGGUUCGGGUUAGAGCUGGUAAACAAGUUGGAGAUACGUACAAUUUUGAUGAGUUGAGAGAAAUGAAUUACUUGCAUGGAGCGAUAUCUGAGGCUCUACGAUUAUACCCUCCUGUACCUGUAGAUACGCGAACGUGUUUAGAAGAUGAUAUUUUUCCGAGUGGAGAUGAGAUUAAAAAGGGUUGGUUUAUCACAUAUAAUUCAUAUGCAAUGGGGAGAAUGGAGAGUAUAUGGGGUAAGGAUUGCUUGGAAUUUAGACCUGAGAGAUGGAUAGAUGAAAAUCGAUUGUAUAAACCAGAUAAUCCGUUUAAAUUUCCGAUUUUUCAUGCGGGUCCGAGGAUAUGUUUAGGGAAGGAGAUGGCAUAUCUACAAAUGAAGUCCAUAGUGGCUUGUGUGGUGGAGCAAUUUGAUAUUGAUGUAGUGGAGAAAAAACGUCCUUAUUAUGUGUUGUCAUUGACAUUACGGAUGAAAAAUGGACUUCCCGUGAAGGUAAAUGCAAGAUCACAAUGAAUAUUUUGUAAUUUAGAGGUUUGUCUAUAUGUGUUUCCUUCAUAUGCUUCUUAUGGGUUGUAACUUGUUUUAUAGGAAACCUCAUUGUACAUUGAGAUCCCCUAUUCUAUUUCUAUGGAGCCUUUAUGUACAAAAUGUUGUAUGACACUAUCACCUCCUGACUCCUGCAACGUCUUUUAUACAUGGUUUAGAUAGGUCACCAAUACAUAUUAUAAUUAUAUAGAGUGUUUGUUUGAAUUCGUCUCACUAAGAGAUGUUUUCUCAUAAGAGUAUUUUUUUUUUUUUAAAAAAACUUCUUUAUUUAGAGAAAUAGAUAUUCGUGUAGGAGUGUUUAGCGAAUAACUAUUUUAUUGGUUUUUGACUUUUGACUUU